AUGUCCCUUCCGCCACCUCCAGGUCUCCAACAGCAACCGUCUCAACCCCUGUCCUCGAAACCACCGCCGUCCACGUCUCUCCCCGCACGACCGCCCCCUACUGCUUCUUACCAGCCAACCGGUGCGCCGGGGGUGGCCAAUACUGCUUCGACUACUUCUGCUCCUAGACCCGGCGCCGGAUACAAUUCGCUCACAGCUUUUCAACCCCGUACCGUAACUACCGGCCAAUCUUUCCGCACUCACAGCCCUAAUGUCUCUGCGUCUCCAGCUGGCUACCAGCACCAUCAGCAACCCCAUGUCCAGCAAUACUCGCGACCGCCCUAUGGGCAACCCAACAUGACCUACUACGGACAGCAACAGCAGCACUAUCAAAAUCAACACCAACCUUCACAGCAACACCAAGCGGUAGGCGCUUACGGUCAGCCGGGUGUCCCCCUCAUUCAAAAUCCCUUCCCUUAUCCAUCCCAGCCACCAAACAAUGCAUACAGCGGAGCUGGAAGAGGGUAUCACCGCCAAACUGCGGGCUCAGGCCUCGACCCGGACACCGAAGCGCAAAUAGCUCAAUGGCAGAGCGCGUACAUGGGUAAGGAGAGCAUCGAAGCCGCACAAGCCGCAGCAAAUACUGCCGGCGGCAAAGGCGCAUCGGGCGCCACUGGCGCCAACGCGGGACCACUGGGAACCGUCCAACGCACACACGACGCCGCAGCGUCUUCGGCGCCAUCCAGCGGUGCGCGGACGACUUCAUCCACGCCUAUACCGCCAGGUGCAACCGCAGCGAUUGGCGCAGCUGCAGGCACAACCGCAGGUGCAGCCGAACCGGCCAAAACUGUCGUCCGCUCCGGCGGCGGCCAGAGCUGGACAGACUCCACGCUUCUCGAAUGGGACCCCGCACACUUCCGCCUCUUCGCGGGCAACCUCGCCGGCGAAGUGACGGACGACUCUCUCCUGAAGGCGUUCUCGAAGUACCCCUCCGUGCAGAAGGCGAGGGUUAUUCGCGAUAAGCGCACGGAGAAGAGUAAAGGGUAUGGUUUUGUAAGUUUUAGCGAUGGGGAGGAUUAUUUCCGUGCUGCGAGGGAGAUGCAAGGGAAGUAUAUUGGAUCGCAUCCCGUUUUGCUGAGGAGAGCUAUGACAGAAAUCAGACCCGUGGCGGCGUCGAAGGUUGGGGGGGUGGGGGCCAAGGGGGGUGGGAAGAAACGUGGAGGGGGAAGUGGUGGAGGUGGAAAGGGUGUUGGCAGUGCUGGAGGCGGCGGCGGCGGUGGCGGCGGUGGUUCGAAAGUUAUCGAUGGUGGGAUACAGAAAAAGCAAGGGAGGACGAAGGGUGGCUUGAGGGUUCUUGGAUAA